AUGGCCACCUCUGAGAUCGACGACAUCUUUGCGUCCAAGGGUAAGGCGGCGACCAAGCCUGUCGCCUCCUCCUCAUCUCUACCGCCUGCAGACAAGGUGAAAAAGAAGAAGAAGGGCACGAAGCGUGAUUCUAACUCUGCUCUCGGCGCCGAGGAUAACGCGCACCGCGUGCAGACUGUCAAACGUCCGGUGCCAGAGACUGUGCUUGACCCAUCUGCUCGUCUGCCAGCUGCUGCUCCGAAAAAGAGCAAGGCAACAAAGUCGUCAGACGCUCUUUCCGGUAGCACAAAGAAACGGAAGGUAGACGAGGACGAGGAAUGGUUCCGAGACUCGAGAGGCACCGGGCCUAGACGUAAGACGGAGGAGGGCUGGGCAGUCUACAAAGAAGACGAACUGGGCAUCACGGACCAGGGUGGCGGUCAGCAUACCCCUCACCUCAUACUGGCUGUUAUACUGACGAGCCACCUCAGACACGCCACUAUGUCCCUUUGA